GAAUUGAAAAACUGCUGUUUUGAAAUCAAUCAUGAAUGUAUUGGAAGGAAGAGCGACAGUAGUAUAGAUCAUACAUAAUUUUAGAUACUUUUAUCAUUGUUUAUAAAUCAUUCACACUUAAAUUCUGUAUAAAAUAUGACAGGAAAUCAUUAAUCAAUUAGAGAAAUCAUGAUCAGAGAUCAUUCGCCAAUUUUUCAGUCUUUUUUGGGGACUGUUUUCACUUGGGGACUUACAGCAGCUGGAGCUGCUUUAGUAUUUUGUUUUUCGUCUACUCAGCGGAAACUUCUUGAUGGCAGUUUGGGUUUUGCAGCCGGAGUGAUGAUGGCUGCUUCUUAUUGGUCACUUUUGAAACCUGCCAUUGAAAUUGCUACUGAAUCUGGAGGUUAUGGCUCUGAAGGAGAAUAUGUUUUCAUUCCUGUUGCCAUUGGAUUUUUCUUAGGGGCUGUUUUUGUAUUUUUAACAGAUUUAUAUUUACCUUGUUGUGAAAAUGUUGCAAAGACUACUCUAAGUCCAGAUGUGUAUCAAGAAUUAGGAAAGAAUGGCAUUCGUAUCUGUGAUAAAAAAGACUAUGAAUACAAAACUCAUGACAACUUAUUAUUAAAUAACUAUGGGAAUCGCCUUCAUAGAAGGUAUAAGCCCUCAAAUGGGGAUAGUGACAGUGAAGUCGAACAGAAUUCACCAAAUUUGUUAGAUGUACGAUGGAGGAGAAUACUUCUGUUAAUAAUUGCCAUUACUGUUCAUAAUAUACCUGAGGGCCUUGCUGUUGGCGUAGGUUUUGGAGCUGUGGGAAAAACAAAAUCUUCUACUUUUGAAAGUGCUCGAAAUCUUGCUAUUGGUAUUGGAAUUCAAAACUUCCCAGAAGGUUUAGCUGUUAGUUUACCCCUUCAUGCUGCUGGAAUGAAAAAAUGGAGAAGUUUUUGGUUUGGGCAGUUAAGUGGCCUUGUGGAGCCAAUAUUUGGACUUAUAGGUUGCAUAGCUGUUACAAUAGCUGAACCUAUAUUGCCUUACGCUCUAGCAUUUGCUGCAGGAGCUAUGAUCUAUGUCGUUAUUGAAGAUAUCAUACCUGAAUCUCGAGCACAUUCCAAUGGAAAGCUGGCUUCCUGGUUUGCAAUUGUGGGAUUUAUAGUUAUGAUGUCAUUAGAUGUUGGAUUUGGAUAAUGAUUUUGUACAUAAUUUUUAUACAAUACUUUAUGUAUAUAUUUUGUACAUAAAUGGUUCUUUUUUAUAGAGAUUCUUUACCAGGGAAAUGUAUUCAAUUAUAGUGCAAUCAGUCUUAAGCACUCUUAAUAAAUGACAGGAUUUUUUAAAUGCACUGUAUUGUAAUGCAUAUAAAAAAUCAUUUUUUAUACAUUAUAGCAGUAUAUAUUGGUAAAAUUUUAAUUUGGUCAUUUAUAUUUGAACUACAUGAGAACUAAAAGAAAUCUUUAAAAAAAAUUCCAAAUCAAAAUAUCCUUUUAAAUCUUUAAAACUGGUAAAUUGAUCAGGAGACCAUUUUUACCAAUCGAUGCAUUUAAACUAGAGAUAAUUUUUAAUUAAAUCAAACCUAUAUUCAUAUCUGUUAGAAAUAAUCUAUAUAGAGCUGCAAAAUUUCAAUAUUGAAAGUUUGUAGAAUGAAGAUACUGCUACUGUAUAUUUUUAACAUUUUCUAACAAUGUAGAUUAAAGACUUUAAUGAAAAUAUUAAGACAACCAAUAAACUUAAAACUAGCAAUAAUGAAAAUUUACUUUGUUUUUUUAAAGUUUCCCCGUUAUUUCUUAAGUUAUACUUAUCAUAAUUAACUAAAAGUUACUUUGAUUGUUCACAAUAAGCAUGGAAUAUUUUAGCAAAAUAUUAAAUGCUGUUUAAUUCUUGAUGAAUUUUGUGAUCUAAUGGAAAGUCAUUGAAAAUUAUUUUAUUCAGUGGUCUCAAUUACAAUAUAUAUAUAUUUUUUGCAGAGAAAUAUAAAUCUGUCAUUUAUUAGUUUAUUACCUGCACCAAACUAUCUUAUAUCAUGCUUACUUACUAUUUUUCUAUUUGCAUUCAAGAUAAAACUGAAGUAUACAAUUGAUUUCAGAAGAUAUUUAUUUAAAAUGUGUAAAAGCAAAAAUUUUAAAAGCACUUUUUUUUUUGUCAAGUACUUGUGUAUAUUUUAAUGACAAUCGAUACUUUCAGUAGAAAUAGCAUUUCAUCAAUUUAAAUAAAUACAAGAGAUGUUAAGUAAUUAAGUUAUUCAGACUGCAGUCUAUUAAAUAAUUUCUUACCUCUGAAAAUUAGUUCUAGUCAUUUAUUCCACUAUAUUUAAUAAAUUUAUUUCUGGACGUAAUUUUGCUUUCCAUAUUACAUGGAUUAUUACUCUAUUACUAGCUUUAUUAUCAAUUAAAUAAUAGAACAAUGCUAUUGUUUUUCAGGUGCUUUUUGUAUAGAUUCUUAAGGACUAUUUAUUUACAAAAGUUAUAACAGUUAUGUUUUAUUGCAAUACAAUGUGAGAAAUUCCCAAUUAUACGUUGAUACUGUAAAUGAUGACUUAAACACUACUGAAUAUUAUUUGCUACGUUUGAAAUGAAUUUUUAAUCAUUUAAAUCUAUCUAGUUAAUCAUCAGUUUUGUAAAUAAAACCCACAGAUAAGUUUAUCAAUGAGUUCUAAAAAAUAUGUAACUUUAAUAUGGAUGAACCCGAAUUUCGUUACCAAUAAAAAGAGAAAAUAUUGAAUAUCCUAUUUUCUUGAAUGCUAUACUAUUUAUUUCACAUUAGUGAUUUAUUUCCUUUUGUUCCAUUCCAUUUGUUUUAUGCCAUUUUUAAGAAUAUAUUGGGUGUUUAUAAAAAGUUAUAUUCUAACCUGCAAUAUUAGAAUGUUUUGUUUAAAACUGGUAUUGCUUUUGUGUGUCCACCAUGUAUGUUAUUUAAAUUCAACUAAGGAUGCACAAUUUUUCUUUAUUCCAGAUCACUUUGAGAGGAAGAUUUACAAAUAAUAUAGCACCAAGUAAAAUCAGCAAAUACAAUAUUAAAUAUUAUUAUUGUAGGCCAUAAAUUAAUUUCACCCUUCCUCAUGAAAUAACUUUUUUUAAAAAUAUCAAUUUGGAUAUUGGGGUUUUAAUGUAUAGCAUUUUAUGGAGAAUUUUUAUAAACAUCAUGUAUUAAGUCUUUAUCUCUUUUCAUGUGAUAUGUUUACUUAUUUGGUUCAUCCAGAAAGUAAGAUUCCGAGGGUUUUAAGGAGACAAAAUAUAAUGACUAAGAAUUUUUUUCUUCAAAGAGAUUCAGUACUUUCUUAACUACCAGAAUAAAAGUACACACCAUAUUGCAAGACCAAUUUUUGUAUAUUAGUGUUGAAGAAAUCUGCAACCUGAAAAUGGAGCCAACAUGUGAGUUUAUAUAUUGCCUGGCCAAGAAUCUUUUCCUGGAAUAGACAAUGAGGAUGUUUUUAGCUAUCAUUGUGUUGCUUCACAAAAAUGGCACAUCAACUGCUGUAGCAGUUUCAAUAUGAGAUUUUUGCCUAUUCCAUUUAUAGUCCUGAUCUCACUUUCAGUCAUUUCUGUAUAUUUAAUGCGAGACUUAGUGUUUUUCUUUAUGAGUGUACUUCAAAUGUUGAGAAGUAAUUAAAAGAAUAUUAUAUCUAUUUCCAGAAACUUACUCUCUGGAAGAACCAUGUAUUAUCACCGAAAAUCACUUUCUAUUAUUUGUGAUAAUGAGUGGGUAAAAUGACUGAAGAUUUGUUGAAAAUGUAUCUAUAUUUACUUCACUUAAGUUUUGUAUUCUGUUUUGCAAUUUAAAUUUUAAUCAAAUAUAAAGCUGUGAUUUUAAAGUUAUUAAUUAAAUAGAUAAAUAUUUUU